AAGAGAGCGAGAGAAACACGAUACCCCGAGGACGGAGAGAGGCACGGGGGGGAGGAGAGACUAGUACUGAAUGGUGUGAGAGUGAGUGGAGGACUUAAAAAAAAAAGUCUGUAAAGAAAGAGAGGUUCCUCUCCAACGUUAAUUUCUGUCAAAGAAGUAACAAAGCUUUGCGGCGGAGAGAUGUCAAACAGCGGCGAAGAUGCGGUUGAGACGGAGUAAACAGCUACCGGACAGUUAGCGAAACAACUUGUUAAGAGAGAGAGAGAGAGAGAGAGAGAGAGAGAGAGAGAGAGAGAGAGAGAAACGCUUCUUUUCUUUUUUUUUCUCCGGCUGGCUCGAGUCGGGACGGUUGGCCGUUUUUCCGCCGCAACUUGAGCAGACUUCAACGCUGCUAGUUAGCGGCAAGAGAAGCGAGGACCGUCGGCGAGGUCUUGACCGCUCAGCUCGGCAACGGGAGUGGACCGGUGGGGGGUUGAAGGCGAGCCGUUCGGUUGGUUUUGGUCGGUUGGCAGAGAGCCGGUUGGGGGAGAAAACGGACCGAGAGAGCGCGGCGGCUCGAGAAGAGCGAGAGAAAGGGAGCCGCAGCUGAAGCUGUAGCUACAAAAGUUUGCCGUAUCUUCACCUAGUUUUCCAGAUUGGGAACUAGAGGGGGGGAAGGAAGGAAGGAAGGAAGAGGCCGAGAAGGACUGACUUUUCUUUCCACAAGCAACUUUGUGGAACCCAUCCUAUUUAGCACAAACUUUAGCCGCUUGCUAAGUUAAGUAGCUACAACAGAAAUAAUGAAAACAGCUGGAGAUUCCGGGUUUGCCUUCCCAGACUGGGCUUACAAGCCUGAGUCGAGCCCCGGGUCCAGGCAGAUUCAGCUGUGGCACUUCAUCCUGGAGCUGCUCAGGAAAGAAGAAUAUCAUGACGUCAUCGCCUGGCAGGGGGACUACGGCGAGUUUGUCAUCAAGGACCCAGAUGAAGUGGCCCGGCUGUGGGGGGCCAGGAAGUGUAAACCCCAAAUGAACUACGAUAAGCUGAGCAGGGCACUGAGAUACUACUACAACAAGAGGAUCCUCCAUAAGACCAAAGGCAAGAGGUUCACCUAUAAGUUCAACUUCAAUAAACUGGUUUUGGUCAACUACCCCUUCAUCGAUAUGGGCUCCACUGGAAGCAGCGUUCCUCAGAGCGCCCCUCCUGUCCCCACCGGUGCAGGGACCCACUUCCGCUUUCCUCCUUCAACUCCCUCCGAAGUCCUCUCCCCCAACGAGGACCUGCGCAGCCCUGGUGGCAUGUUCAGCUCGGUGGCCCGACGAAUGGCCCGUGGCUCCGUCAGCGAUUGCAGUGAUGGCACCUCUGUCAAUUCUGAGAUUGAAGAGGGCAACGCAGGAGCAGGAGAGGAGAGGGGAGAGAGGGGUGUGAGUGGAGGAGGAGGAGGACCUGGUGGUGGAGGAGGAGGUUAUCGAAGUAUCAUCCACCCCCGUCUGUCUCAUGAAACCCUGUUCCGUAUGUAUGGAGGACCAGGUAACCCCGCUGGGCACCCAGGCUCCCGCGGCCCCACAGGCCACCGGAUCCACCCAGACUCCCUGUCGCCCUUCCCUGUGUCCCCUCUGCCAGGACCAGGAGGAGCUGGCCUCUUAGCCCCUCCUCUGUCCCCAGCACUCUCCAUGACCCCGACAUCUCACCUUCCUUACACUCCUUCACCCACCCUUUCCCCCAUGUUAGGCUCCCACUUCUCCUUCAACCCAGAGGACAUGAAGCGCUACCUGCAGGCCCACACUCAGUCAGUAUACAACUACGGCCUCAGCCCCAGAGCUUUCCUCCAGUACCCCAACAUCGUCAUCCCUCAGCCACACCGGCCCGCUGCAGACAAGGCCGGUCUGACCGGAGAGAGAGGUGAGAGGGCAGAAAGAGCAGCGACAGCAGGGGGAGGAGAGAGGGGCGGCGAGCGGCAUCACCAUCCAUCUCUUGCUCACUCCGCCCACCACCACCCGCAUCCACCUCACUCUGCCCACCCUCACCCCCAUUCUCAUCCCAUGCAUCACCCACUCCACCUGGGUGAAGAGCCUCCACACAUGUCUCCCUUCAAGUUCAAGCUGCAGCCACCACCACCGGGCAGGAAGCACAGGGACAGUCAAAGCCAGAGUAAACCCAGGCAGAGCUCCAUGUCCUCAGGUUCAGGAUCUGGGUCCAUGUCUUCUACCUCUGGCCUGGGAUCCUCGCUGUCAUUUGGUAGUGACCUGAGCUCAGCCAGCGGCUCAGGCCUCAUCUCUGCCUCCUCCUCAACGCAGUCCCUAAACAGUGCAGGACUUCCCAAGAUAAAGGUUGAGCCCAUCUCUGACAUCGAGUCAGAGGAAGAGGUGGAGGUGACUGACAUUAGUGACGAGGAUCCAGAUGAGAGAGAUGAGGAAUUUGAGCUGUUCUCUCCUCGCCACUCCAGACCCCCUAACCACCACCAUCACCGCCUUGCUAACGGCACAGCUGCCCCCCAACAUCAACACCAUCCUGAUGAAGACCUGGACGAGGAUGUCUUUAAAGCCCCUGCUCCACCUCCACCUGGCCUGAUGCCCUUCUUCACCUCACAGCACAUACACUCCAAUGUGCAUCGUGGGCUGGCUACCCUCAAGAGUGAACCCACCGAACCAGGGGACAGUAACACCCCCCCACCUCAGACGGGCUCGGCGGGAUCUCCUCAGACAAAGUGCAUCCCCCUCAAGCUGCGCUUUAAGAGGCGCUGGAGCGAAGACCAGCGCAUGGAGGCCUCACAGGAGGAGUCUGACGACAAGAAAGUACGACCAGAGGAGGAGAGGGAAAGAGAGAGGCAGAGUAAUGGGCGGAUGGAGAUGGAAGAGGACGGGACAGGCAGUGGAGAAGGGGACAGCCCUCCCCCAUUGGCGUACGAGGGCUCUUUAGCCACACCGUUGAGGGUGAGCGCUGAGCUGCAUCGUGCCACUGCACAGCUGUCUCUGGAGAACAAAGACUGCUGAUGAGAGACGCAGCCCAAACACUACUGCUCCACUAGCACUGGAGGUGGCACAGGAGUAUGUAAAUGGUUCCUCUUUAAUCCCUCUCCUUCACUGACAAACUAGAUUCCUGAAACCUCCAGUGAACUGAGAGCACAGUCCAACAUACACACAUAUAAAACACCUCAGAGACAGUCUGACUCGUGUUCUGUCAGAUCCCCCAUCAAUCCUCUGUCUGGAUCAGGGCUCUUCUGGGACUCAUCCUUGGGGAGGUGGGACUCACUCCGACUCAGCCAUCCCAGGCACAGUGACUGUAACAAGGCUGAAAUCAGAGGGAGGCUCCCUUAUGAAACUUGACUCCCAAGUUCACCUCCCACCUGGCCAGUGAACCUCCAGAUGCCCUGCCCCAGUAGCACAGCUCCCGCCUUCAGGCCCCAUCAGUAGAAUCAGCAGCCAGUCAGCACUUUCCUCAGGGGACACAAACUCCCUUACAGCCCAGUAACACACCUUGGAUGACGAUGUGCACACCCUCCCCUAUGCUACUUUUCCUAUAAGCUGACGGGACGUUGAUAAGUGCCUGUAUCUGAAACCCACAGCCCUGGAGUGACACGGAAGAGAGCAAAGGAGGUGGAGUGGACUGCUAUGAGUAAUCAUUUAACUCGUGAAACCCUUGUAAAUUUUGGCAGAUACUGAAAAAUCACGGUGGGAGGGAGGGGAGUGUGUCUUCAAGACUGAAGAGUGGGGCUGUUGGGUGUUGUCUGACUGAUUCUUAAACCUGGCCCACUCCACUCAGGGAAGCCUAUUGCUGUAUGUUUUAUUGGAAUCAUGCACAAAAACACACACAAGCAAAAGAAAAAAACAAGACAAAAACAGCCAUCAGCGAAGGGGACUCACAUUGGAAGCAUUGCUUAUGGACACCUAACAAUGUUCACUGCAACGCAAAGACUCACACAUCCACAUUUACACGGACUUUGACUCUGGCACACUGUUCUCUCAGAGCUUUUGACUUUUGUAUAACCUUCCUUCUGUCUCUCUCCUGUCCUGCCCCCUCUUUCUCUUGCGGACCACCUGUGGAAAGAUCAUGACUCCACUCACAGAAAUAAUUUUAACCCCAGGGAGAUGUGAGGAGAGGAAAAAGAGAAGAAUGAAGAAGUACUUCAUUGUAGAGGAAGGACUGCUGAGGGGGACCAAGAGGGGAAAGCAGCAGGGGAAGGAAGGUUUGAGGGGUUCCAGUAACCGUUAACUAGCCUUCUCACCUCACCUAACAUGGCUUGUAUACUGAAAAUAGUUUCUCUCAAGUCCCAGCAGCACAGAAUCCUAGUUCACCAGCUAAAGCUCCUCUAACAAUCAUAGAUAGUGUUAAAAUAAACCAGCAAAGACACACACACACACACACACACACACACACACACACACACACACACACACACACACACACACACACACACACACACACACACACACAACACUGCCUUUAGCUUUUAAACAUCCCUCUCUCUCGCUGUGUGUCUGGACCACCAGCUCUCCCUGUGGUGGCGUCAUCCUCAGGUCCUGAGAGUGUGUGAGACUGCCAGGCCUGUUAACUACAUGAGUGUGGGAGCCUGAGAGAGAGCAGGGAACAUCAUAGACCUCACACAUACAUACAUAUACACACACACACACACACACACACACACACACACACACACACACACACACACACACACACACACACACUGCCUCUCUAUGCCUUGUUUUUAUAGCAUGUAUAAAAGUGCAAACUGAGCUCUAAUAACACACAUACAGACUAUAUCUUUAUAUAUUCUAAAUGAAAUUAUUAAAAAAAGUGAGAUUUUAAAAGAACCAUAGCAUUUUAAUGAUAUGAUUGAUUCAGGAUUUUUUUGUAAGUGGAUUAUUUUGAGUGGUAAAGACGCGUCAUGCCACUCACUAGGUAAUGUGAUACGGAGGGGCGGGUGGGCAGAAUGAUGAGGGGAUGGGGUCCGGGUUUCUGUUGUACAUUUGUUUCAUAGACAAGCCAGAGAAAAACAGCACAGGCCAGACUUACCAGAACAAGACCAGCGAGAGAGGAAAAAAAAAAAAAAAAAAACAAACAGGACUCGAACAGACUGCUAAUGAUUCAGAUGUGUGGUUCACUGCUGUUCACUUCAUUGGCAGUAGCUUUGCCCUUUUAGCACGCAGCACUCUGCUCUGUACAGUCUAGCUCAGCUCAGUGGGGUUCUCCCCGGCCUGAGCACUCCUGGCCCCAGGCCACCUCUCCAGGCCCUCGGUGUGUGUGUGUGUGUGUGUGUGUGUGUGUGUGUGUGUGUGUGUGUGUGUGUGUGUGUGUGUGUGUGUGUGUGUGUGUGUGUGUGUGUGUGUGUGUGUGUGUGUGUGUGUGUGUGUGUGUGUGUGUGUGUGUGUGUGUGUGUGUGUGUGUGUGUGUGUGUGUGUGUGUGUGAUUAGCUCAUGGGUUAUUAGUGAAGUGGUAAUCCUGUCUUCUCUGCCAGUUAGCAUAAUGCUCAAAAGUUCACAGCAGCUCUGGAUUGGGGCAAGGGAGAGAGAGGGGGUUAAUCAUUACUGUAAGAAAAGUCGGACAUGUGAGGCCUCUGUCCUGAAAGGCCCUCUCCUCAAACUAUGCACAUUCACACAUACACACAAACGUUUCAACAUCCUGGAGCUUUUCUUGUCUCUGCGGCCAGUUCGUCCGAUUGGUUAACGGAGCCGCGUUGACCAGCCGCCUGUUCCUGCCUGGCCAGCGACAAGACGGAUCUAUAGCAGCGGACUGUGAGAUAGAUGGCCUCCAGGCGGUCUGAGUAGCUGAGCUGAUUGAAUUUCCUCAUCAGACCCCUGUGGUCUGGACUGGAGCAUGUCACAACAUGCACACACACACACACACACACACACACACACACACACACACACACACACACACACACACCAAGUCCUGUGUAUGUAUUUGAACUGACAGCUGCCUUACUACUACUUGUCAUAUCUCAGCAACAGAUGAGGCAUCAGCCUUACCUGCUCUGCACUCUCUCUCUCUUCUUUCUGUUUCAUUUUUCCUCACUCUGUUUCAGGCGUUGUCUGACUUCCUGCUAACCGUGGCAUGAUCUGACUCGGUCAUGGUAUUGCAGGGUAAAAAGAUUGAUUGAACUCUGAUUGUAACACAGGCUCUCUCUCAUCCUGUUUCAGGCCUCUACAGUCAAAGAACGGUAGAUAAACAGCACAAAGAUUACAUUUCUCUAUCAAAAGAAUAAAAGUUUCUCAGUUUAUUUUUCUGAUGUCGAUAUUGCUAUUGAUUAUUGUUGUUGUUGUUAUUGUUCUCAUUGGGUUAUUUACCUCUCCACCUGGCAUUAUUAUUAUUCCAUGGCUCUGUUAGCUGUUGCUUUUUAUGUUGUGUACAUCACUUUGGAUGAAGUUGAAACCCCCCCCCCCCCCAAACUCCAUUCCCUGUUUCAAACCUUCAAGCCCCCAAAUCAGAGACCUUUUUCUUGUCUUUAGUUUUUACAAAUGUAAUAUAACUAAAAUGUGUAAUAUUAAUUUUGAUGCUGACAGAGAAAUAACAUCGGGGACUGAGCGGGAAGGGCAGCGGCGGAGGAUUUUAUUUAGGCGCAGUGGGGGAGUGAUUUUAUCUUUUUUGUCAUUGUAUUGUAAUUUUUAUUUUAUAAUGUUACUUUUUUCUCUCUCUUGCUCUUGUAUAUUUUUUCUUUUUUUGGGGGAAGGGGGGGUUGUAUCAUUUUAAAAGAAGAAAAAAGAUGUGUAUUGUUUGACUGUGUAAAGGUCUAUCUUCUCCCUCUUUCAGUCUCUCUUCUUUCGCCUCGUCUCCCCCGAGCAGUUACAUAACACUCAGAUGGAGAGAUGAGAGUUAAUACCAUGAUGUAACACAUUGAAUUUCUCCACUUCUUUCGUGUUUUUUUUUUUUUUUUUCCAAACUUGUAAUUAAGCUGUAAUCAGGGUUAAUUAAAACUGGUUUAAACCCAA